AUGGAAAACUCCGAUUCUAGCGAUCAAGGAAAUGACCAAUCUGCCCCACAGCGCAGAAGGCAAGUGGAUCACUUGGAUCGGGAAGAAGCUUUCUAUCGAUUUGUAAAUAAUCUGAGCGGAGAAGACUAUCGACUUCUGAGAGACAAGAAUUUGCUAGGUACCCCAGGUCAAAGUACUGAGGAAGAGCUGUUCAGAAGACUACAGCAAAUUAAAGAUCGGCUGCCUCCACCGCUACGGAGCUCAGAAGAAAAUGGAGACUCUUCAGAUGACGAGUCCAGUGGUGACUCCAUAAUAGAUUGGCUUAGCUCUGUCAGACAGACUGGCAAUACAACAAGAAGUGGUCAGAGUGGAAAUCAGUCCCAGAUGGCAGUGAGCCACACUAAUUCAAACAGUGGUGAUUUCAGAUUCAGUUUAGAGACAAAUGUUCACCGUAAUAAUGGAAGCCAAACCUCAGAGAAUGAAAAUGAACCAUCUGCUACACAUCUUAGUGCAGAAAACAUGGAUCACAGCAUCCACAGGCAAAUGGAAAAUUCAGCAUCUGAGAGAUCAUCUGCCAGAACACCUAGGUCAGAACACAAUUCUGCUGAGGCAUUAAGAGAUGUGCCAUCCACCAGAGGUCGGAGAAGGGCAAGAAGCCCAAAACCAGAACCCCAAAGAAGAACCAGAGCCAGAGCUGAAAGAAGUAGGUCUUCUCUGCACCCAGCAGAUGAAAUUCCACGAAGAUCUCAUCAUAACAUCUCAUCUCAGACUUUUGAGCAGCCUUUGGUAAACGAGAUCGAGGCAAGUUCUAGAGCCCCUCACCAUGGGACUUUGAGACACCAGAUAAGUGGACCUGAGUUGCUAGGUAGAGGUCGUUUUGUGGCUUCUGGGUCAAGAAAUUCUACAGCUCAGGGGACAAGCUCUUCAGACACAGAUACCAAUGGUGAAGCGGCAGGAUCUGGUCAAUGACCUCCAACCAGAGACCUUCAAGUCAGAAGAGUUCUGCUGGCAGAAGAAAGACAGAGAGAUAGCAUAGCUAGCAGAACUCGGUCAAGGUCUCAGAUCCCAAACAACAAGGUCACUUAUGAAAGUGAACCUGGAGGUUUUAGAGGCACCUUUACACUUUCUGAACGUGCAGCUGGGAGAACCCAUGUGAGUACUCACAGGUUUUCCACUCUUACAAUCUUCAAUACUGGAUCAAGGCAAACUACAUCUGUUCUGAUUCAAACCAGGUAA